UUUUUGUUUUUGUUUUUAGCCGAACAUAAUGCGGAUUACGUGGUCGUGAGCUAAUCAAGGACGCGGUGAUCACGCGAAUAUGAUAGAAAAACAAAAUUAAUUAAAUUUAAAGAUGAUUGCGGAUUCGCUCAUUAGUAUAAUUUGCCCGGAACCCCGGAGUAGGAACAAUGAGGAUGAGUUAGGGGGGUUUUAGUCAUUUUAUGUGUUUUCUUUGUUAUUGUUGUUGUUGUUGUUUGUUGGUUGGUUGUUGCGUUAUGGUGUGACUAUGUAUGAAUCGGCUUUCACAGGGCCAUGGAAAAAGCUGUUUUUCGUUAUGUUCAUCGUUGGAAGUAUCAUUUUGACCGUUUCUUAUUACGAUUACGCCAAAGUCCUUAAAUACCAGGUGUUCUUAAACUCUGUGGUGGCUGGACAAAAUUUUACGUCCAUUGACAAUAAUAAUUUUACGUCAGACGACGAAGAACGAAACAAAUACUUAGUGUACAGUUCGAAAUGUCGAAUAAUCAACUACGAUCCGUUCAGUAACGAUGCCAAAAAAUAUUUUUCCAAGCGCAAAUAUAAAUCCUGCACAAAACACGAAUUGUUAACGUAUGUGACAAAGAAAGACAAUAUCGCCACCGUUCAUAUAAAAACCGAAUUAAUUCCCCGAUAUACUAAAUUUAACAUUAGCUGCUGUUAUUCAGAUGUACACAGAAUUCCCACUGGUAAGAGUCCUGAUAAUAAUAUCAAAAUAACACCGUGCAAGGAAUUCACCUCUAACGUCACAAUAACCGGAGACGCAAUUCUAAUAAAAUGCACCCAAAAAGGCACAAAAGUAAAAAUAUACGAAAACGUCCACGCGUCCGUAACGGUUACGAAAAACGUCCAGAAGAAACUUGAAAAUUUUGACAAUAGCACCAAUAAACCUUUGAGUGUACUAUUUAUUGGAAUUGACAGCAUUUCGAGGUUAAACUUUAUAAGAGCCCUACCAAACACCCAUAAAUACGUCGAAGACCAUGGCUGGAUCCCGAUGAACGGCUAUAAUAAAAUGGAUGACAACACUUUCCCUAAUUUAAUGGCAAUAUUAACUGGUUUUAAUCAAACGACCGCCUAUUCAACGUGCAAUCCGCGAUCAAUAGGACUUCUGGAUAAAUGUCCGCUUUUGUGGUACGAUUUCAGGAAUUUGGGAUAUGUGACUGCUUAUGCCGAGGAUGAAGUAUAUAUAAGCACAUUCAAUUAUAACAAAAAAGGUUUUUUUAACCCACCGGCAGACUAUUACUUCCGGCCAUACAUCAUGGCCUCAGAAAAACUCAGCAAAGUAACAGUGAGUUCAAUGGCGUACUGCACCGGGCCAGAAACUGCUGGUGAAAGAAUCCUAAAUGCAGCAAAAGACUUCGCGAUCACCUUCAAGGAGCAUCCCCACUUUGGGUUCUUUUGGAUGAACACUUUUAGUCAUAAUGACAUCAGCACGCCAUCCAUGAUGGACGACAAACUUAAAUCCUUCCUGGUGGACUUAGAAACCUCCGGGGUCACCAACAAUUCCAUCAUAAUCUUCAUAAGCGAUCACGGAAUGCGCUUUGGUGGUAUAAGAAGCACCGAAACCGGUUGGUUGGAAGAACGAUUGCCGUUCAUCUAUUUCUCGUUCCCACCAUGGUUUAAAGACAGAUUUCCGAGAGAACUUACGAACUUCAAAAACAAUCAAAACAGACUAACGGUUCCAUAUGACGUACACAUGACUCUGCAGCAUAUCCUCGUCUUAUCAGGACUAAAUUACACCAUGAAAUCCAGUGAUGCUUGUCCAAACUGUUUGUCAUUAUUCGAGAAAGUGCCAGAAGAACGCUCUUGCGAGGAGGCUGGAAUAACACGUCACUGGUGCACCUGUUCAGGUUUUGUGGCCACCAAACUGGAUAACCGUGCCAAAGUGAAAGUAGCCAAUUUUUUCCUGGAUAUUAUUAAUAAACGUAUCGCUAACUAUACGAGACUGGGGGCUAACAAGUGUGCCAAAUAUAAGGUGGAGGAGGUAUCCACCAGGUUAACUCCGAAAGCAACCUUUAGGAAUGCCUCGUAUGCUUUGGUGAUAUUAAAAACGAAACCCAAAGCAAUUUUCGAGACCACCAUUUGGUUUCAGGGUGAUAUUGCAAAAAGUGAUCUUACGGCUGGUGAUAUAAGUAGGCUGGACUAUUAUGGUCCGCAUACUACAUGCGUCGACGACUCUCGUUUGAAGUUUUUUUGUUAUUGUAAGUGAGUUUUAUGUACAGGAAAGGGUUUUUAAUAUUUAAAAACCUACGCUCGUCAUAUCCUAAAAUACUUAAUGUAAUAAAUUAUACAUAUGUUAUUUUGUACGUAUCAAGUUUACUUUGGUAUUUUUUAGGGAAUUAUCCAGUUUUUAAAGUUUUCGAAGUUCCAUUGUGAUUGAAUCUCUGAAAGCUAUAGAAAGCCUUUUUAAUAGGCGAAAUUAUUUGUUUAGGGUAUUUAGUCCUAGUGUAAUUAAAAAAUGGAAAAAGU